CAUUUCUGAGUAGAGAUUUCAGAAUGGUAAAUUGACUCUUGCCUGGCUCUCGAUUUCAUUUAGUGUUUUGAUAGAGCUUCGCAAUCGCAUUUCACCCAUUAAAACGGAAAGUGUUUAUUUUUAGAAGUGUUCUUCAGUGAUUCGGACACUCGCGGAUAUGCCUAUGUCAUCCAGCGAAUUACUAAGUGUCGUUUUGCCGAAAUAGAUGCCCCCAGGAGUGAGAUAGUUGCCCGUGAUUUUGAGAGUUCCGUGAGUUUGGGGCCCAGUGAGUGUGCCUGAGUGUUGCCCAGGAGUCCUGGGUGCUUGUGUGGUGUAGAUGUGGAAUCCUAGGAGUGGAUAUGGUGGCUCUGGACAUGAAGAAGAGUGUUUCGGUUCAAGUGGACAGUGACUUUGCGCUGCUGCUGCCGGAGGGACUCUACGAGAUUAAGAAGAUGGAGCCCCGCUCCCGACAGCGAUCCAUCGUGGUCGUCUGUGUCUUCCUGGCCAUUGCUGGAAUGAUCAUUUUUGGAUACUUCUGCAAUGACCAAGUCUGCGCUCUGACCAAAAGAGAGAUUAUGAUGAGUUCAGAGGUGUCGGCACUCACGUCGGACUCUGCUAAUGCCAUAGGAAAGACAUCUCAGCUGAAUAAUCCCGGCCUGAGCUAUGAAGAAGUCUUGAAUGACGACGACUUCCAAUUUGACAUGAAUGCUCAUGAUGUGAUGGUGUUCCUGCAUAUCCAGAAAACCGGUGGCACAUCUUUUGGCAAGCAUCUCGUACGUGAUCUGGACCUCAAACGUCCAUGUACGUGCCAGAGGCGGAAAAAGCGCUGCCACUGCUUCCGGCCGCAUCGUAAUGAGAUUUGGCUUUUUUCGCGUUAUUCCACGGGCUGGAAAUGUGGCCUUCAUGCCGACUGGACCGAACUCACGAGCUGUGUGGACCAGGAAUUGGAUAAGAAUGAGGGGGAGACGACAAAGAGACGAUACUUCUACGUGUCUCUCCUGAGGGAACCAAUUGCAAGGUAUCUCAGUGAAUUCAGACACGUUCAGCGGGGAGCCACGUGGAAGACUUCCCGACACUGGUGCCUGGGUAGGCAGGCAACUCCUGCUGAGCUUCCACCGUGCUAUUCCGGUGAGAACUGGAUGGAUGUACAGUUGGAUGACUUUGCAGCAUGUGAAAGCAAUCUGGCAGCUAAUCGGCAGACCAGGAUGCUCUCUGAUUUAGCCCUCGUGGGUUGCUACAAUAAGUCAUCCCUGCCACCGCACGAAAGGGACCGCAUAAUGCUGGCCAGUGCAAAGAGGAAUCUCGCCUCAAUGGCCUAUUUUGGUCUGACGGAGUAUCAGAAGAUGUCUCAGUACAUCUUCGAGGAGACUUUCAAUCUCCGCUUCGCCAUUCCCUUCGAACAGCACAAUACUACAGUAUCCACGACGACAAUGAAUGAUCUGACCCCGGAACAGAGGAGACGAAUUGAGCAGCUCAAUUCACUUGACAUUGAACUCUAUGCCUUUGCCAAGAGGCUCCUCUUCCAAAGAUUCGAGAAGCUAAAGGCCAAAGAUGCAGACUUUGAAGUGAGAUUUGCACAUUUGGGCAAUUUGGGAAUGCGAAAUGGUGUGACCGAAUUCAACUGGGAUAGCAAUAUUGAGGAUACGAGUACGGAGCAGCAGUGAAGAGGAGGGCUUAGUUAGUGCAUCCCAGUGACAACCACAGUGAUAUUUUAUCGGACGACGAAUGAUUUCACCGAGAUAGCAGCUGACGAGAGGUAUAUUUUUUAAGAGUGAUUUUUCUAUUUAUUGAAGUACUAUGUCUUGAAUGUAGGGUUGUGGAAAGAUCUCGUUGGGGUGUUAGGAAUUUUUUCAGGCGGGAAAUUUGGUUUAUUUCCAAUUGCUAAUGGGUUUUUAGCACGGAAAAUUUAAUUAGUGAAACUCAAGGGGUGACUUAUAUGAAGAAAUCUAUGGCGAUUGCCCGAGAACUGUUUCGUUAAACAUAAAAUUUUUAGAAACACUUGAAAAAUAUAUUGAUGGGGAAAUCGGAAAUCGUCGUGAAAUGGGAUCUCUCAAGGAAAACUCAUCAACUUUUUCCAAAGCUUUCGGCUCAGGCUCCGAACCUUCUUCAGUAUCUGGAGCAAAAGAGAAACCGACGAUUUCCGGUUGCCCCAUUAAUAUAAUUAUCCUCACGUCGGUUUUUGUUUCACUUUUGAAAAUCUUCUCAAAAUUCGGGAGAGUUUCAGAAAGUUUCCCAAAAAAUGAAAACCCAAAAAAGUUUCGUAAAUCCAGAAAAAAGCCUUCAGAGGAAUCCUAUUCAGAAAAGGAACCAUUUUGAGGAGUCUAAAAAUUUAACAAGAGAAUUUUCGCGAAAUUCUAAGUACCUCCAGGUUUUAGAAAACUUGAAAAACCCUUACAUGGUUUUGCUACAAGAAACCUGAGAAAUGUUUGACGAAAUGAAACCUACGAAGGAUUUCGUGAAAUCAGAAAUCGCCAAAGGGUUUCAAUAAAUUUAGAAAAUGUACGAAAGGGUUUUCGCAUAAGCUUAAUAGAAUCCCAAAUAUCGAAUUUAUGAGCAUAACAAGCCAAGUUUUGGCUAGUUAUUGUUUAGAAAAAGUGAAAGUGUCCAGGAUUAAAUAGAAAUGAGUUAUGUACGAGAUAAUUGGUAAUGUAGGGAAAAGUGCUCUCCCUUCGAACGUUUAUGCCCUCGAAUAAUGUGACUUUCUUUUGUUUUUCGUAAGAGAUUUACACUAAAUUAUCACGGAAUUAUCAACAAUUGAUGAUAAAACCAACUAAUAUUUAAUAGAAAUGUGUAAGUCUCUUAGAAAAACUAAAAGAAAAUUCACAUUAUACAAAGGCAUGAACGUUCGAAGGGAGAGUACUUUCCGCUAAAUGACUAAAUUUCUAUUUGGAGACACAAAAUUAAUGAAUUGAAUAGACAUUAACCAACCACUUUGUCUGAUUAAGUUCGUGAAUUUGGUAUUAGGUGGGUUUUUUAAUUGUCGCGAAAACACAGAAACGAGAAGUUCUUGGCGAAUGGGAAUGAGUCACCUCUUGGAGAAAAAUUAUCCAAUGGUUCUUGCACCCCUGGACGGAUGCAAAAAAGUAGAAGAGGAGAAGUUUGAGGUUUGUGGGGAAGAUAUUGGAGUGUCUUCACGCUGUCUGAGAAUGCAUUGGAGCAAAUUAAUUUAUGUGACGAAGUUUAUUUGUCCGUUCAGUGAACGCGAAAAGGAGUGUCAUUGAGAAAAAGCAGAUAUAGGAAAGUACACAUGGAGUGCAAGCUGAAAAUAGGAGAAAAACCUUGUCAUUCAAUGAUUUUUGAAGCCAAAAAAAUAAAACAAAUCACAAAUAUAGAAAGAAAAUGGGAGAAGAACUACGAGAUAUAAAAUGAAGAAUAUUCAUGAUAAUAUAUGCAAUUGUAUAAAAUAAGAAUAAAUAAAAAAACAACAAAUAAGUGAGUGUGAAUGGGAAAAUGAAUGGGAGGAUGUGUAACAAUAUAGUUAGUUACAAAAAUAGCAUAUACAGCUACUAAUUUGAUACAAUGAAAGUAAAUUCUAUUGAGGCCUCUUCUAUUGAAGCACAACACUGUGUUUGGCUACAUAAAAUUUGCCCAUUUAUUUUCAUGUGAAAAUUAAAUGAGAGACACUGGCGCAUUGAACCAUACCGCAAUUUGUCUCAAUAACAUUUUUAGCACAAGAAUCCAUCAUAGAGCCAUUAUUAAUAGCCAUUUAGAUGGUAGAAAGAUUAAAUACAACAACAACGACAAUUGAAUGAAAUUAGAAGAAGCUGCAGUGCCCGUAUUUUUGCGCCAUUACAAAAAAGUCACAAGGAAGUAAAAAAUUAAUAUACCAAGAGAAUCGUGUGAAAAAAUUUGAUGUCUGAACUAACAUAGAUUUUAAUUGAGAUUUAGAUACUUUUAGAGGGGUGACAAUAAUUGAGUGUAUAGAAAGAAUAAUUGUAAUUAGAAGUUUUCUUUUUUUUUAAGAAUGCAACAAUGGUGUUUAUUUUGUCAAGUUUUUACACGAAUAAAAGAAAAAUAGCAAAGAAUAAAUUAAGCAGUAGAAAUUUAAUAAGAACAGUAUAAUCUUUAUGAAAUUUUGCAUUGAAGUAGAUUUUGGUAAAUUGCGUGGAAUUUUGUAAUUAUGGCUUUACGGAAUUAGUCACAUGACGUUCAGUCAUGAGAGGGUUAGUCUCAUGCAAGUCAAUUGCCUUUUACAUUGACAUUACAAUACAAACAUCUGUUAGCAAACUACAAAAAAGGAAUUUAUAAAAAAUAAUUGAUAAGACAAACAAGGAAACCACCAUCAUUUACAAUAUUUUUAAUGUUAUUGCAUUACAAUGAAAUCUUCAGGAAAGCUCUUCGUUUAAGAUAAUAGAAGGGUUAAUAUAGAUUUUCUCGGAUAUUUCAAGCAAAUCCCUACGAAAUAUUAGUAUUCUUUUAUCCAUGGAGGCUCACACGAAAAAAAAAAACAGAAAAGCUCCCUGGAUUAUUUUGAUUGUUUUACAGCUGUUUUUACUAUAGGGGCUUAGAACCUAAUUGUACCCCUAUACGUCUGCGAAAUUGUAUAAAAACAAAAAAAAAACAUUUUUUUACUGUAGAAAGUUAUUUUGUCCUCUAAAUAGACAGAAAAAUUAUUUUUUUUAUUCUUGGACACCGGUGUUCCAAUCGUUCUUAAAGGAUUAAUAGAAAAAUCCAUGAAGUUACUCAAGAAGCAAAAUAUCUGCCUUAUGAUGUCUACAUACUAGAAGGAAUUUUAGUUAAAAAAUGCCUUUUCUUAAAUCUGACGUUUCUGCCUAUAAGAAUAGGGUAACGUGUGGUAUUUCGCGACACUUUUUAGCACUUUCAAGUUUCAAACAGCUUAACGACUUCUCAAAUUUUUUUUUCUUUGUUUAUACAAAUAUUUAUUUUCCUUAUGCUAUCCAGAAUAAGAAUCUUAACGAAAAAUGUUGAAAAAUGCAUCAUUUUCCAACAAAAUAGCAAAAAAUGUAAAGAAGUAAAAAUGGUAUAUUUCGGGACAGUUGGGUUUGUGUAUUUCGGGACAGACAAAAAGCCGCUAUUAUGCAAAUAAAUUUCACCGAGCCUGAUUAUUUACCUUUUAGUAGAAGUUCUAAACUUCACUCUUUCAAAAAAAAUUGUAUCAAUUUCACUUUUAAAGUGACAUAAAUAGAAAAAGCUAAUCACUGUUUGUGUUGACAUCUGCAAAAUUGACCACAUUGAAGGUUUUGUAAAAAGUGAAAUGUGACACUCACAAUUUCCGCGUAUUUCACGUUUUAAAUUAAAUAAAAUUUCAAAAGUUUUAUGUUUGUCUGAUACGUAAAGAGCUUAGUAUUUUAUAACGGCGUCUAGGAUAUGUUGUUAUGUCAUAAAAGAAAGAAUUGUAAAUUAUGCAUUCUAUGAAUGAUUGACAUAUAAAACCUGUGAAUGAGUUUUCCACCGUUUUCACUCCGGAGGUUGGUCAUCAACGCUAAGACGGCAAUGGUCGCAUAAACGCAAAAUAUAAAAUUACUUGAAAAGGACUCGAGUGUAAGCACAAUAAAUAAAUAAAAUAAAUAUACAACUUAAAAAUAAUUAGAAAACAAAUAUUUAUAGGAUUUUUUAUGUGUCCCAAAAUACCCAUUUUAUGUUCCGAAAAGCACCUUGUCCAGAAAUACCACACGUUACCCUAGAGGAAAUUUUCUUUGAAGAAGUAUUUUUUAAAGAAAUUGCCCCUAGUGUAUAUAGGCCUUUAUAGAACCAAAAUUUUGACAAGUCUUUUAAAGCACUUUUAAAAGGCUUUUAUGAUGUUAAUUCUGUGUUGUAAUUCCUGUAAAAGCUCUUAAGACCCUUAGGAGUGCGUUACUUUACACGGAAUCAAAGCCGCUAUAACAGGAUUGUAAAUUUUUUGUUUCUUAACACCUCACUUAGAGGAUUUUACAAGAUUACAUUAAGAAAACUUGCUUUUAAUUAUUUCGCUGUGUUAAAAACUGAAUUUUAAAUAAUCUUUUAUUUAUUAUUAUUAUGUUUUCAUUUAAAAAAUAUAUAUUCUCAUAAAAUCUCGUGAAGAAAUUGUUGACUUUUAUAUGCUGAAUAAGAGAAAAGACAGAAUUCACCCUUUGAAGGGUGAAGUUUGAAUUAGAAAGCAAAAUUUUAGUGAUCUUUUUUCAAGACAAAGAAAUGAUCAAGCUUCUUAAAAUUUUUGGUAUGUGUGACGAUUAUUUUGAACAUGUAGUUCAGAUUUCCUCCUUAUUCGCAAAUGGGUCAUUACUGAUUCAAAAUAUUUGUUUCGGUCAAUUCUGAGGUAAAUUAAAUAAUUAAAUCGAGCUAGAACUUGACGGAGCUUCCAGUGAAGAUCUAUGGGUUAAUGGAAUGCUUUCUUAUUCGAAUUUCGAGUUAAUACAAGUGUCAGAAGUUCGUCGUUUCAAUCAAUCGGUGUUAUAUAUCUGCAUUUUUGUGAUUUUCUUAUGUCAACUGCUUUAUACGGAAGUGUUUCCAAAAUUGUAUAUUUAUCGUAGAUUAUAUGAUUUUAAAUGACUUGCUGUUGUACUCUAAGAAAAACAAGUUGUUGACGAAUAUCGUAACUGACACAUUGAUUUCAAGCCAUAUUGUGCUCUUCACUUUGAAUUUAUCUAAUUAAAAGGCAUUUACUUUCAAAGAAAUUCUUCUGGUUUACUGAAAACAUUUGUCUAAGGUGACUGUCAUGCGAUUAAUUUCAAACAGUUGUAAUUACAAAAUUCCAUCCCGAAGCAUAAAAUAUUAAAGUAAAAAGACAAUUCUAACAAACAAAAACAUGCUUAUUAAAUGCGUAGAAAUUGUGAUUUUUCUGUGUGCUCCAAAUAUUUUCAUCUUUGUUUUUUUCUUUCACUGAACCCCUCUCUAAUUAACAAUCAAAAAAUAAUGAUGAGUCAAAGCAAAAAGUGAGGAGUAAAUUUUCUAUAACCUUUUUGCUGUCUUCAGUUUGCGUAAAAUUCUAAUAUAUACAGUGGGUGGAGUGAAAAUCCACAAAAAGAAGAAAAAAACAUUUUAGAGCAAAAAUGUGUCUCCUAAAAUUUAUCUUUUGUACCUUUCGCUUCCCUUUGGAAUUCACAGUCAGUUAUUUAAGAUCAUGGCAAUUAAAAUGGGCUCAUUAGGGAGAAUCGUGGCUUCUCUGAACACUCUAUCUCUACCCCAUUUCCCGCCGUCAAAUUUUAUACUCUUUUAAUUACUCUCACAAUUCACAUAAAGGGCUUCGUUUCCAUCUCCCUUAAAGCUUCCACGAGUUCUUGUGGCAGAAGCAAGGGGAAAUCCCUUUGAAAAGAUUUAUGGAAAAUUGUCGUUUGAUAAAGAUUAAUUUUGUCAAUAUGAAUUCAUUUUAAAACGAAUUAACUCACAAAGAGCAAUGAAUUUUGAGAAGAUUUUUUUAUACACUCUACAAUUUGAUAUUAAAAUUUUUCGGGAAACUUUUCUUGAAAACAUAAUUUGACAUAGUUGUAAGAGGAUUUUUCUAUGCAAAAUAUAAAUAUUAUAAAAGUCUUUUAGCUGAUUUUUUAUAACAUACCAUGAAACAACAAAUGCAUUGUAAUAAUUACAUUAAUCAAAGUUUUUACCGCAUAAAAGGGUAAUUGAAUUUUCUGUAAUGUCAUUAAAAUUAGUCAUCAAAAUUGGGUAAAACAUUCGAUUUCCUUUAAAUAAAGUUUUAUUAAUAAAUUAAAAUGACCAGUGCAAAAUCAAAUUUGAUUGGUAAUGGUUCCAGCAUACCUUUUAAGUUCAUGAAAAUUUCAUGAAAUUAAAAUUCACAUCCCUUUCUUUCUCACACGUUUUGCAUAUGUAUAUCUCACUCUUUCACACUCUAAGCUAAAAUUAAGUUAAGCUAAAUUGAGUUUGUUGUGAUGUUUAAAAGAAGAAGAAGAGCGCGGAAGAAUGAGAUAGACACAUGCAAAACGUGAGAGAAAGUGAUUUGAAUUUUAAUUGUAUGAAAUUUUCCUGAUCUAAAAAUGUGCCGGAGAAAUAAAAAAUAAAUUUUCAAUAUCAAAUCAAUUUUUCACGCCUCUAACUUUUAAAUCAGUAAAAUUUUGAAAUUAACAGUCAUUGAUAUUUGAAGAACUUUGCUAUAAUUUUACUAUUCGUGGGGUAUGGUAUGACCUGUGAAAUCCUUGGAACCACCUUCAAUUGAUUCACGACCUAUGGGACGGCUAGAUGAACUCAUUGGUCCAGUAAAAAUUAUUGUGCAUUUUCAUUUACUUCAUAAUACAUUUUUAUGUAAUACCGGAUACCAGGGCUCCCCCUCCCCAAGAUCACCUUUAGACGAACCGCGAUAUAUCUUUAAAAGAUGGUCCACGUACAAACCGGGGCAGAUCUUCAAAACUCAACUUAAAACUUCCUAAACUCAGGAGUGAAAUAUUACUUUCACUUAUGGCUCUUAUGGUUUCAAUUGUACAUUUACAUAUAUGCGAUGUUCGCAAGAAUUAUAGCUUAAAGGCGAAAAAUUGUUUUCUUACAGAAAAACGUGUAAAAAAUUACAACAAUAGUGUUAUAUUUAAAAUUUGUUAACGAUAUAUUGAAAACUCUUUUUAUUUUCCUUUUGGCAAAACUUGCGUAAUUCUACUCCUUUUAUCGUAAGUCACAGAUCUUUUGCUAAUCUCACAGAUAAAAUAUAUUUUAUUUUAGAAAAUCAUUUCAUUUACUUAGAAUUCUGAAUUGGUGAUUAUAAUUAAUUUUAAUUAUUUGAUGACUGUUUACUACGGAUUGAGUGAAAAGUUACGGAAAUCGCACUAUAAAUGCGAAUGUAAGGGAAAGCGCGCAACCUUAGGACGAUUCGAACUUCGGACAAUUCAAUUUUUUCUCUAUGUUCCUUCUGGAUUUCACCCAUACCUCUUUCCGAAAAUUUGAGGCAUUGGACUAGCUAUUAAAAUAUAAUAUUAUAAUGGGUCAAUUUCAUUUACAACACAUUGAAAAAAUAAUUUGUGCGAAGCAUAAAUCGUCCUAAGGUUGCGCACUUUUCCCUAUACUUGGUUAGAAUUUUCUUUAGGUUAAAAGAUUGAGCAUCACCUAAAUUUCUGUAAAAAUAUGUAUUUUGCGAAAAUUGGAUUGUGAUAAAGCGUUGUUUUCCCAAAAGUUGUAAUGCUAUAUUGUUAUUAUUAUUGAAGAAAUAUAUAGUUCAAUAGCUCUGAACAUGUUCUAUAUAGUAGAAAAAAACCUUCAAUUAAUAAAAUCUCAGGAAAUAUCCAGUUCUGAGCAAAUAGCCAAUCCUUUCUUGACCAUUCAACAGUGUCCCUUUGUCGAAUGAAUUUUCCAUUAAGCACGGGCCAUUUCCCCAAAUGACACACAUUUGGCAAGUAGGGUGAAGAAAGUCGAUUGUCGUGAGGAUUAAAAGGGCGGAAAAAUAGGCGUGAUUGAAUGAAAUGCCCCAAGAAAUUCAAUCCUUGUAUUUUUGCACGGAAAAUUGAGGAAUAUAUUGAAUUAAUGAAUGUCUUGUGUUGAAUAACAAACAAUGGGAAAAAUAGGGGACUAGGGAAUGGAAUAUGUUUUCGAAUUGGAAAUGCCACUUGAACUGCGACUUUCAGGGUUAAAGCCAGCAAAAAAAAACAGAAUAGGGAGCUAAAUGACUUGCUUCCGAGUGUUUUCAGCAUAAUAUACAAUUGCCAUGGUUCUCUUGAGAGACUUCCUCGAGAGACUCUCGGAAGAAGAUGGGAAAGACCUCUGUUGUGUAUUUUUUUUAAGUCCAUUCCCAGAAUUCACUUUUCACAUCCCAGUUAAAUUGACUCGAUAUGAAGUUCUUAAUUGAAUCAAACUGACUGUGAAUUUGUUAAGAGGGUGAAGCUGAGUAUUUUUUUGUGGUGGUUCUUUUUAAAGAAUACCGUCACUAUAAAAUUUUUUGCAUAUCAAAAUCCCACACUGAUGAAACCUUUUUCCCCACAAAAAUACAAAAUCUAAUAUUUAUGCCAAUGAUAAGAAAAUUGAGACUCCUUCAGAAGGGCAUGACUAUUUUAUUUUCAAGUCCCACAUUUUGCAGGAAGGUUGUAAUGAAUCAAGGUAAGCUACAAUGAAAAGUAAUUUUAGGCCACGCCUCUUUCAGGAGUUAUGGACAACAUGAUAUAAAUUUAUUGCAUUUUCAAUAUUCAGUAAGAAAAUCCUCUUCUAGUAAUGGCUUCACAGUUGAAUCCCUCAAUAAUAUUAUAAGAAAAGGGGAAAUAUUUGUGAAGCCACGCCCAUUUUUAAAGUACAGGCCAUUUAUUUGCAUUGUACAUAUUAAAACUUCUUAUUUCGGCCAAAUUUUCCACAAGUUUGUAUUGUAUCCAAGAGUAUUCCAAAAUACAAGAGUUCUCUGAUAAAUAAAAGUCAUUACAGUUCAUUGCCCAAGUGAUUUUGGGGGCGUGGUUUAUUUUUCAAUAUAAAUUUACAUAGUAAUCCAUUAAUACACUUUCAAUAUGCAAUAACUUCAAUUUUAUUUGAAUAUAGCUCCGAACAAAGGCGUGUUCUAUAAUAAUUCUUUGAUGUGGCCUCCUCACAAUUACUACCUCCUUGGAAAAUAUGGAAAUAUUAAUAAGUUAUGUUCUUUUGAAGGAAUACCAGAUAAAUUUAUGAUGUAAAAUUGUCCUAAGACCCGCCAAUUUUUACACAUUGAUCCAUUUAUACUCAUUCAUAAAAUUGUAAAUGAAAGAUGUUAUUAUUCUGAUUUAUCUCAAAGACCUAUAAUUCUAUAUUUACGAUCAUUUUCACUUUUCGAUGCAUAUACUGUACGUUUAUUGUAUUGAAAAUCUAAUUUUAAUGUUUUAUCGACAAGAGGCGUGGUGGUGGAAAGACUGUGACAAAAAAUAGGCGGAAAGAUGUGAGAAAAAUGAGAAGUUUGAGGGUAAAAGUCAUUAAAUACGAGGAGAUAAUUAUAUAUUUAGUUGUAUUUGUCUAUUUUUGGGGAACUUUUUUUUUACACACAUGAAAUGAGAUUAAAGAGAUUUUCCUCAAAUUUCUCUGCAACACUUAAAAAAAUUAUCUCCUUGCUCAGAAGUCGUAAACAGUUGCAGUUUAAUAGAUUCAUUUGGGUUCAUUUAAAUACAUGUCAACACACUGUCAUACAUUAAAAAUUUACAUUGUUUUUCAUUUCGGCAAUGUUAUUGUCUCGCAGGAUGGGAACAAUGAACCUCAUACCCUAAGUAUACCGAUUAAAAUAUUCAUAAUGUAAGAAGUUAAAAGAAAAUAGCCUGAAAAUUUACUUUUUGUAAAAUAUUUGAAAAUUUAAUUUGGAUCUCUUUUCGUAUCACAGAUCAUAAAUGUAUUACAAAUACGAAAGUUAUAAUUUUAACAGUUUCAAAUGAUUUGGAAUCUUUGAAUUUGGAUUUAGUUUUUCAAAAGGAAACCAUUAGAAAAUUUUAUGUUUCUUGAGGAGAAAAGCCCGAAUAGUUUUGAUUGCUGACUAAAUAAUUUAGACUGAUAUGACUUAUUUAUUAAAAUUCAUAAUUUUAAUUCGGUUUUCAGAUCAAAAGUUUUUGUAUUUGAGUUUAGUUUAAAAAAAAAACAUAAGAAAGUUUCGUGUUUCUUGAGAAAGGGACCAGAAAAAUUUUGAUUGCUGACUAAAUAAUUUAGAUCGCUGAAUUUGUUUAGUUUAAUAAAAUUUAUAAUUUAAAUUUGGCUCUCGAUCAUUGGUGUAUUUUUUAAACAAAGGUCUUUGUAUUUUGAUCUAGUUUUUGGACAAAAAGUAGAAGAAAAUUUGAUGUUUCCUAAGAAGAAACGCAAAUGAUUUUGAUUGCUGACUAAGCAAUCUAGAUCACUGAAAUCAUUUAAUAUAUUAAAAUUUAUAAUUUGGUUCGGCUCUAGAUCAUUAAGCCUUAUUUUGACUCAAAAGUUUUUGCAUUUGAAUUUAAUUCUUAGAAAAAAAAAACAUAAGAAAAUUUCGUGUUUCUUGAGUUAGGCACCCGAAUAACUUAGAUUGCUGACUAAAUGAUUUAGAUUGCUGAAUUCUUUUUUUUAAUGAAAUUUAUAAUUUUAGUUCGGCUCUAGAUAAUUGAUAAUUAUUCUUAAAUAAGGGUCGCCUUUGUAUUUGGAUUUAACUUGUAUUUAAUUCUUGGAGGGAAAUGCAAAAAAUUGACGUAUCUCGGCUAAGAAGUCCCAUGCAUUUUGAUUGCUGACUAAACGAUUUAGAUGGCUGAAUUCAUUUAGUUUUCGGCUCUAGAUCAUUGAUAUUCAUUUUGAUAUUUUGAAUCUGGAUUGUUGGACACAAAAGCUGAAGAAAAUUUGGUGCUCCUUGGUAAAAAAAAAAGUUCCAAUAUUUUUGACUGCUGACUGAGUGAUUUAGAUCGCUGAAUUCGACUAACAUUCUUCUAAUACUUGUUUUUCCUCACCUGAGUUUACAUGCAUUUCUCACUAUAUAAAUAAAAUUUUCCGUAUUUUUCGUUUAAAAUUUGGAACAAUACUCACCGUGUUUUUGUUUUGUUUUCGCGUUCUGUCAAAAACAAAGUCAGCGUUAGGGUUGCCAUAUGAUAUUUGAAGAUUGCAGCUUUUUGCUUAAAGCAAAAAAACUUUGAUUCGUUGACCCAACUUUGAAUAAUUGGUUAUAUUUCAAAUUUAAAUUUAGUUUGGAGUGAAAGUUUAAUUAGAUAUGUUAGAAAGAGUUCUAAGAUUUAGAUCAAAUAAAAUUAAUUUGUUUAAAAUUAUUUCUAUGAGUCGUAAGGAACGUAAAAAAUAUUGCAAAUAUAUUUAAAGACAAUAGCAAAUUUUUAGUUCUCCGUACAGGGAACUCGUUAUGUUUACAUGAGUGAUUAAAAGCCAUUUUGAUCAUCAAAAUUAAAUCCGGCAUUUGAAGACUUUUCAUUGUAAAAUUUCGUAAAUUGUUUGGUCUAAAACUUACAAAAAUACAAAGUUUACCGGAGUAGGAUCCGUGGUGCAAUUGGUUAGAGCACUCGACUCUUAGGCGGUGUGAUCCCCGGCUCGACUGUCAGAGUUUUGAGCUCGAGUAACUUUGUAAACUGAAUAAUAAAUGUUGUAAACUGAACAAUGUUCAAAAUGGCAACAAAAGUCCACAUCGAAAUAAAUAGUAACAAGCUUAUCUGUACGUUUACGAAUAGGACUUGUCAAAAGUAAUAGCGACUGAUCUGUUUCAAAUGGAUUAUGCAGUUAGAAGCUACUUGGCAAUUUAGGGUUGCCAGCGGUGAACUAAUUUCCUAUUUUAUUUAUUUUUUACAUUUUCCUAUUCAAUAUGAGUUUUAUCGAGCUUAUCUCUGCAUUAGGUAAUUGUAAAUGUUUAAGUAAAAACGUUUGUGUUUUCACUCAAUGAUUGAAGAUCUCAGCAACUUUUUCAGUGUAUUUUUGCUGACCGGUCAACACGUCUCGAACAAACAAGUUUCGGUUUAAGGUUAGCAGAAUUCGUUUCAAUUUCAUUUCAAAAUUUCUUUCAGUUGAUCAGAAUACCUCAAAACUAUAUGUUGGCUUUAUUAUGCCAAAUAACCGCAAUUUCCUCAAUUACAUUAAUUUUCCAAUAAAUUAACAAACAAGUUCAACUUUCUCAAAUAAACUAUUUAAUUUCCUGUUAAGUGGUUGAUAAACCUACAGAAGCUAUAGAUUAUAGCAUAUCUAUUUAUCAAAGAAAUUGCUUAGAAGCUGUGAAAUUGAUUUUCCACAGAAUAAAUUCUUCAAUUAACCAAUUAAUCUCUAUAAAUGGUAGUUUUAAUUGAAUGCAAUUCUCAACAUGUGCACAUUCUCCUUAGAUUCACUGCACUGUGAAAUAAUACACUGGAGCGGAUUUAUCAUUAAAGGCGUGUUUUAUUAAUUUUCAUGGGAUUUUUGUGAUUAACAUUGAGACCUUUUCUAUAGCGAGAUAAUCUUUCAUAACCCGAAGAAAAAGUUGUAAGAAACAAAAAAAAAUUAUCGAAAUAAAGUUCCCCAAUUGUGCAAAAAAGCAGCCCGAUGAGAUAAUCCUGAAAAAAUUGAAUGUUUAAUUGAAGAAUGAUUAAAUGACAAUGUUAGUGGUGUUUUGUGCCCAAUUAUUCAAUCACUUUGUCAGCCAUUUGACCUCGACUUGACAUUUUAAUUAAUAAUUUGAAAAUUGCGUGUGACUUGAAAGUUUAUUUCUGAUACAAACUGAACAUUCAAAUGAGGCAGUGCUUGGGUUGUAUUUGUUUUUCUGCCUAGGAAAAACUCUUGAUGUAUUGUUUGAUUUUGUGUUGGGAGUUUUGGGGAAAAUUUCGAGGAAAAUCUCUUGUAGGAAAUCUCAUGAAGAAGAAGCAAGAAAAGUGGAAUGAUAUAAUUUGUGCAAUUAUAUUUGUUGGUUGCUCAACGUCAGAAAACACAAGUAUAGAUUAUGGCAAAUUGAUUGGAUUAAUCACAAAUUGGAUGGAUUUCAUUCAUCACAGCUGAAGCUUUUGAUUGAUUUUCCAUUUAGUAUCAUUCAAAUGAGACUUUCAGAAUUUGAUGAAUGUUCUGAGUACUAAUUUGGAAUUUUAUUUGGGAAUUUCGUUGCUAAUAAAUCAACUGGUACAAUGAAAAUUGACUAGGAUAGAGUUACAAGAGAUGUAAGGGAAGAUAUGUGGAAUUUCAACUAUGUUAUUGAUAUAGAAAAUAAUCAAUUUGAGUUUAUAUUGCCGAAAGGUAUUAUUAAGCUUUUCAAUUAAGCAGUACUCAAAAAUAAAAUUUGGCUACGUCGUAUUCAAGAGUUACGGUGAAUUAAAAUUGAUAUUUUAAAUUCGGAUUGCAAAUGUAUUUUUCAGCGAGGUAUGAUUUUUACAAUGUCAAAAAUUUAUUUACGAAUGUAAAGACUUAAAGUUUCCUAUUCAUAAAAAAUAGGCCACGCCUCCUACUUAUUUUUUUUAUAGAAAAACACUUAUACUACAAAAUUUCUUAAUUUGGAUUGUAAAGAAUGAGUUCAAGCCUACAUUGAAAAGGAAUCAAUAAAUAUUGUUAUUAGCAUCACAAAAAUAGGAAUGUAAGCAAAUGGGCGGGGCCUAACCAAUUUUUUCUUUUGGUUUCUGAUUUUUAACAUUCAAAAUUUGUACAGAAUUUCUCCGAAUAUUUGGUACAAUAUUAUUGUCCGGUAUAACGUCCAACGCACAAUAACUUUCGUUUUGUAAAUAUGCAUUCGACAUUUCAGUGAGAGCGAAUGAAACCGAGAUCUAGUUAUCUUGCUCUUUCUCAUAGAAAAUUUUGAAAACAUGUUUACAAACAAAAUUUAUUGUGUGUUUGGCAUAAUGCCUAGCGCACAAUGACUUUUGUUUUGUAAAAAUGUUUUCGAAAUUAUCUAUGAGAGGGAGCGAGAUGACUAGAUCUAGAUUUCAUUCACUCUCAUUGAAAUGUCAAAAACAUGUUUACCAAACAAAAGGUAUUAUGCGUUGGGCAUAAUUCUGCCAAAUUGUUCCGGAAAAAUAUUUACAAGUUCUAUUUUUAUAUUAUUCUUUUUAAUGAAUAAUAAUGGCCCUUAAUAAAUAUUAUAAGGUUGAUUUUUUAGUUCGAUUUUGGGAGGAGAUAGUAAUUUUUCCUAUACUUAAUCCGGAGAAAACUGAAUCAUUUGAGUGUUAUUUGCUUUGACUGACGAUUCUCUGUACAAAAAUACAAUUGAUAUUGAACAAAAGCUUCUUAAAUUUCCACGAUAAAAUUUAUACAAAUUUAUUAAUAUUUAUUAUUACAUAAAAGUGAUCUUAAAUGUAUAAAUGCCAGAAAAUUGGGUGUAAAUUUUGAAUGUUGGAAAUGUGUGAUUAGAAAAUGAUAAAUAAAUUUUUAGUAAUGAAACAGCUUACUUAGACAACUUACAUUCUUCUUACAAAUUUUCUUGUGGGCGUGGUCUAUAGUGGCGUAGCCAAAAACUUUCCGAACUUCAACAAAAUAAGGUCAAUGCCUACAAUCUUUAUGUUAUCUUCCAAAUAGGUCAAUAGUCGCCAAUUUAAUAAAAUUCUUAUCUAAUUUAUCAAAUAUUGCAUUAGUGUAAGAAAAAUACAAAAUGAUUUUCGCUAAUUGAUUUACAAGGAAUGUAUAUAUAUUUUGAUUAACCAAAAGCUCAGCAAAUAUUUGCAAAUUAAUCGAUUCAUUAAGGGAUAGAGCGCACAAAUUGGUAUUGAAAUUUCUUAAGAUAUUCCACAAAAGAAAAUGGUUGAGCACCAAUUUAUUAAUUAUUUUGUGCCAUUUAUAAAACAAUAGGCAGUUACAUCGUUACCAUUAUCAGAAAAAAUACUCACAUGGACAUUUUGAAAAUAUUACAAACAACAAAAAUAUUAAAAAAAUGUGAAAAUUAAUCCUUCCAGUUGAGAGUCUCCCUCCUUUUCUUCUAAACUUAGCGAAAAAAAUAAUUGUAAUGAAUAUUUGAGAGAUAUUUCUGGUCGUUUUUUAGAAAUGUAGAUCUUUUUUUAUUUUACUUUUUUCUUGAGUAGAAAAAUCAACCUAUAUAUUUUUAAGAGUUAUUCUUAAGAAUGAGUCAUAUUACUUCUAAGAAAUUAUUUUGUAAGAAUUGUUUGUAGUGGAGUGUCCUUCUUUCUCAAAGGAGCAUCUCUUUGUAAGAUGAAAAUGAAUAAAUAUGUAAAUAAUUUUAA